AUGCUGGUUGUGGCAAGGGACUCUGCGGUCGUGGCUGGAGCCGAGGUUGAGAAGGCGGCCCAGGAAGCCUUGGAAGCGGCAGUGGCAGGGGCCAAGGAGCAGGGCCUGGAUUUGGAGAUCACGGCUGUCGAGCCGACUUCUUGUUGCAACCUCUUUGGCGCCUGCGGCGCCUGA